UGUGAACAUAUUUCCUUUUUUGUCCGUUUCAAAAAGAAUGACCCUUUCUAAAUUUGGAAAUAAUUUAACUUAAACUUACAAUUCCACAAGCUUUUAUAACUACACAAAUACUCUGAGCUUUUUUCCAUGAAUUGGAACGGAGGGAGUAUGUUUAUUAAAAAGUACAAUUUUUAUGUCAAAACGUUGCUAAGUUUCAUCGUCCCUUUACUUCAUUCCACCUUAGCAAAAACUUGAAGACCGAGAAGAAAUGAUGAAUGUUGCGGAGCAACACUCAGAAAUCUCAGGUCCACUUCUUCAAAGGGAAGAUGACGAUAACUCUCCGGUUGAACAGGUGGCACUCACUGUCCCCAUCACCGACGACCCCACUUUUCCGGUCGUCACUUUCCGCAUGUGGGUUCUCGGCACUAUUGCUUGUUUCCUUCUCUCUUUCCUCAACCAGUUCUUCUGGUACCGCCGUGAGCCGCUCACCAUCACCUCCAUCUCCGCCCAAAUUGCGGUGGUCCCGUUAGGUCACCUCAUGGCCAAGGCAUUUACGGACCGAGUUUUCUUCAAAGGUAGCAAGUGGGAGUUCACACUGAAUCCCGGCCCCUUCAACGUGAAAGAACACGUGCUUAUCACGAUCUUUGCCAACUCAGGCGCCGGGAAUCCUUAUGCGAUUCACGUGGUGAGUGCCGUGAAGUUGUUCUACAAGCAGAAGUUGAGUUUUUGGGUGGCGUUGAUCGUCGUUAUUACGACGCAAGUUUUGGGAUUUGGUUGGGCUGGGAUUUUUCGCCGGUAUUUGGUUGAGCCCGCGGCCAUGUGGUGGCCCCAAAAUCUUGUCCAGGUGUCCCUAUUCAGGGCUCUUCAUGAUAAAGAAGAGAGAACCAAGAAUGGAUUGACAAGAAACCAAUUCUUCCUCAUUGCCUUUGUGUGCAGCUUUGCUUACUAUGUCUUUCCAGGUUACCUUUUCCCAAUGCUAAGUUCCAUAUCUUGGCUGUGUUGGUUGUACCCUUCCUCUGUCCUGGGCCAACAGUUGGGUUCAGGGAUGCAUGGUCUUGGUAUAGGUGCAAUUGGGCUUGAUUGGUCUAGUAUAUCCUCCUAUCUUGGAAGCCCACUAGCUAGCCCAUGGUUUGCUACUGCAAAUAUUGCUGUUGGUUAUUUUCUCCUUGUGUAUGUUGUUACACCUCUUAUGUAUUGGUCCAAUGUUUACAAGGCCAAGAACUUUCCAAUAUUCUCGGAUGGCUUGUUUAAAGAAAAUGGUCAAGACUACAACAUUUCAAGCAUCAUAGACCAAAACUUUCACAUCGAUUUAGAGAAAUAUGAGCAUGAGGGUCGCCUUUAUCUCAGCAUUUUCCUUUCAUUGACCUAUGCAUUCAGCUUUGCUUGCCUCACUGCCACAGUUGUUCAUGUUUUACUCUUUCAUGGACGGGAUCUAUGGCAGCUCAGCAAGUCUGCGUUACAGGAGAAGAAAAUGGACGUGCACACAAAGCUGAUGAGGAAAUACAAGCAAGUUCCUGAAUGGUGGUUCCAAAUUAUUCUAGUAAUAAAUAUUGCAGCAACUGUAUUUGUAUGUGAAUAUUACAAAAACCAGCUCCAAUUACCAUGGUGGGGUGUCUUGCUAGCGUGUGGUCUUGCCUUCUUUUUCACCCUCCCAAUUGGCGUCAUAACUGCUACAACAAACCAAACACCUGGUUUAAAUAUUAUCACGGAGUACAUAAUGGGAUACUUGUAUCCAGGAUAUCCAGUUGCUAAUAUGUGCUUCAAGGUGUAUGGCUAUAUCAGUAUGAAGCAAGGUUUAACCUUUCUGCAAGACUUAAAACUUGGACAUUAUAUGAAGAUCCCCCCUCGGGCAAUGUUCAUGGCUCAGGUAGUUGGAACCUUAAUAUCAGCAUUUGCACAUCUAGGAACAGCAUGGUGGCUAAUGGACACUGUCCCAAAUAUUUGUGAUAGAGCUCUGCUUCCUCAAGACAGUCCAUGGACAUGUCCAACUGAUCACGUUUUCUAUGAUGCCUCAGUUAUCUGGGGUUUGAUUGGAUCACAGAGGAUUUAUGGAAAUCUUGGCUAUUACUCUGCUACAAAUUGGUUUUUUCUACUUGGAGCUGUAGCUCCUGCAUUUGUUUGGUUAUUACAGGAAGCUUUCCCUAAUCAUCAGUGGAUUAGACUGAUCUCGGUGCCUGUGGUAUUAGCUGGAAUAAUCAAAAUGCCACCUGCUACUGCUGUCAACUACAACAGUUGGAUCAUUAUUGCUGUUUGUUUACCCUCGAAUCCGGAUAACAAUUGAAUUUAUAUGGGGUUUUAAGGAUCCGUGAA